AUGCCAGUAGUGGCGCAUGACCCCGCCCUCGAGCGGAUCAUCUCAACCUCUCAACCCAUCAACGAGCUCGCGGGCGGCUUCGGAGGCGAACAGGGACCAGCUGAGGGCCCGGUGUGGUGGCAGGAGGGCAACUACCUCCUGUUCAGCGACAUCCAUAACAACAGGCGGAUGAAGUGGACAGAGAGCGAGGGCGUAUCGCUCUUUAGUGAGCCCACCAACCGAGCCAACGGCCUUACUCGUGACCCGCAGGGUCGCCUCGUCGCGGCCGAGCACGACGGUCGUCGAGUGUCGCGGGUGGAGCCUGACAGCAGCAUCACCGUGAUCGCUAACAGCUUCCAGGGACGCCCGCUGAACCGACCCAACGACGUGGUCGUCAAGUCCGACGGCGCCGUAUACUUCACCGACCCCAACGCCGGCAUGCCUGUACAGACUCAGUUCGACCAGAACUUUCCCGGCGUUUACCGAGUUUCCCCUGAUCUUGGGAAUAUCACCCUGCUCGUGCGCGACUAUGUCGGUCGAACGGUCUCGCCUUUUCGCCCGACGAAAGCGUGCUAUACGUAA